CAGUUUCAGUCGAGCUCUGAAGAAGCCAACAGGAUGAUUGGCGAAACGUCAGCAAUUUCGAGCCAGCAAAAACCGACGCAGGAGGAAUCCAGAAGUUUGGCAAAAAGUGAGGAGGUAAAAAUAUCCUGGUGACAGGCAGCUAAAUCUCAGUGACAAUGGCCGGAUCCGAGCUCAAUUUCUUCUACAACAGCAUGCUCGCGAAGGCCCUCGUCCAGCUGGUGCCAGAAUGCGAUAAACGCCCGCUACGCCAAUGGUUCGACAAACUGGCCGACCUAAGCGACACCGAAAAGCAAUUGGAAACGCGAAACGAGUACAUGUGGUUCGUCCUGAUGAUGCUACAGUGUCAAAAGAUUCGGGAGCCGUUCAGGAGUCCGCCCCCCGCGAUCGUGCCGCCCCUGCGCGAUCUUGUGCCGCCGCAAGUGUACGAAGAGGUCCUGGUGGCGAACGACGGCGACAUGGGCUGGUUGGACAAGAGCGUCGCCGAGGAGACGCCCGCGGGGCCGCCGAAGACGGCGCCCGCGAACUUUUUCGGCGAACAGCCGAUGCCGCGUCGCGGGAUCGUCUGCUACGUUGCCGCGUUCAGCGAUCGCCGCCUGCUUUGACGCCCCGGCAAUUAACGUAGACGCAAUAAAAACGUUAAUCCCUUGCCGCUUUGAUUGUUUUGUUUGGUGAGCCCCGCGAUUCUUCGACUGU